CUAAGAAAACACACAGGAGAGAAACCUUAUUCCUGCUCUGACUGUGUGGCGAGUUUCUCUCAACUUUCCGUCUUAAAAACACAUGAACGUAUACACACAGGAGAGAAGCCUUGCGUCUGCUCUGACUGUGGAAAACGUUUUAGAACAUCAAAUGAUCUAAAAUCUCAUCAGAGAACACACACAGGAGAGAAGCCUUACGUCUGCCCUGACUGUGGAACUAGUUUUUCUCACCUUUCCGGCUUAAAAUCACAUGAACGUGUACAUACAGGAGAGAAGCCUUACUCCUGCUCUGACUGUGGAGCGAGUUUCUCUCAUCUGUGCACCUUAAAAACACACCAACGUAUACACACAGGAGAGAAGCCUUACGUCUGCCCUGACUGUGGAACUUGUUUCUCUCAACUUUCCAACUUAAAAUCACAUGAACGUGUACAUACAGGAGAGAAGCCUUACUCCUGCUCUGACUGUGGAAAACGUUUUCAAACAUACGCUCAGCUAAAGGUUCAUCAGAGAACACACACAGGAGAGAAGCCUUACUUCUGCUCUGACUGUGGAACUUGUUUCUCUCGACGUUCCCACUUAAAAUCACAUGAACGUAUACAUACAGGAGAGAAGCCUUACUCCUGCUCUGACUGUGGAAAAUGCUUCACAACGUCAACGGAUCUAAAAGUUCAUCAGAGAACACAUACAGGAGAGAAGCCUUACUCCUGCUCUGACUGUGGAAAAUGUUUUAAAACAUCAAAAGAGCUAAAAGUUCAUCAGAGAACACACACAGGAGAGAAGCCUUUCGUCUGCUCUGACUGUGGAACUAGUUUCUCUCAACUUUCCAACUUAAAAUCACAUGAACGUAUACAUACAGGAGAUAAGCCAUACUCCUGCUCUGACUGUGGAAAAUGCUUCAAAACAUCAACUGUGCUAACAGUUCAUCAGAGAACAGACACAGGAGAGAAGCCUUAUUCCUGCUCUGACUGUGGAAAAUGUUUUAAAACAUCAAAUAAGCUUAACGUUCAUCAGAGAACACACACAGGAGAGAAGCCUUACGUCUGCUCUGACUGUGGAACUAGUUUCUCUCAACUUUCCAACUUAAAAUCACAUGAACGUAUACAUACAGGGGAGAAGCCAUACUCCUGCUCUGACUGUGGAAAAUGUUUUAAAACAUCAAAAGAGCUAAAAGUUCAUCAGAGAACACACACAGGAGAGAAGCCUUUCGUCUGCUCUGACUGUGGAACUAGUUUCUCUCAACUUUCCAACUUAAAAUCACAUGAACGUAUACAUACAGGAGAUAAGCCAUACUCCUGCUCUGACUGUGGAAAAUGCUUCAAAACAUCAACUGUGCUAACAGUUCAUCAGAGAACACACACAGGAGAGAAGCCUUAUUCCUGCUCUGUGGAAGGGUGGGCGUGUAACUCAAACUUCUAGCCAAAGGCUGCUGUGUUUAGAAUCUCAUCAAGGAGGACUUUAGCAUUUUAGCAACUUUGCAACUACUUACUACUUUUUAGCUAUUACUUAGCAUGUUAGCUUAGCAUGUUAGCUUAGCAUGUUAGCUUA